UCCGUUUCGCUUUCAUUAUUUUGUUCUUUCUCACCGUUUCCGUUCCAUUUGGUUGCCGUUUUUGUUUUGCGUCCCGCCUUUAACUUAACCCCCACUCAUGCGCAUUUAACCCGCGGUUCAGGUUUUCUUUUUUCCAUUCGACCAUGUUCCAUCCUUCGACUGUCUCUCAUCUCUGGGUCGUUUGACUUAUAUCGAACUGCAUUUCAACCUAAUGAUGGAACACCUUUCAACUCUUUUUGAGAAAAAGUUAACACAGGGUUAACCUGGAGUUUCAUUUGUUUUUAACCUUAUUAACUCUUACUGAUAGCAGAAGGUAAUUGUUAAGGAAAUAUACCUAACAAGAAAGUUGUGUUUACAUUGAUUGAUGGAAUAUAGGGUUAACAUGAAGUUUAACUUGAACUCUUUCACCUGUUUUUAACUUGCAAAUUGUUUAACUCCUACUGAUGGCACAAGCUUAACAAGAAACUUGUCUUUAUAUCGAUUGAUAGAAAAGAUAGUUGAUUUUAAAUAUAUUCUACAAAUUAUGAUUUUUUUAAUUACCUUAUAAAUUGAAAAAAAAAACUUAGCGUUGGAAAUUUAUUUAUUUAUUGAUCCCAGUGGUCGGCGCUAGCGAGCUGUCAAAUUUGUCGAAAAUAAGUCACACACACACAAAGGUAUUGUACAUCUCGGACGGAACUCGUACUGAAAAGUGACGAAAAAAAUUACAGAAAAAUUGUUGUUUGCUAUUUUGUACUACUCUUUCGGCAUUCGGCUCUUUCUUUGUUCCUCUACUUUUCAACUUGCCAAGUAAACUGCUCCAUUUCCAAUCGAUGAGUACAAGAAUAAUGUUAGAUAACACAUAAAAUCGAAUGAAGAAAAAUCGAGGAAAAUCAUAAGUUAUUCUGUGUAGAAACCUGGCAACAUUGAAUUGAUUUUCCAAGGAAAUCGAAAGAGAUAAAUUCCAAGUCUUAAAGAAGCCAACAUGAUCAAUGCCCAGCGUGAAGAUCCUUGUCACAAAAGGUCCCUGAACCUGCUGGACAAAACGCUGCCCAUUUCGGUGGCCACCGCACCACAGUUGCGCACUCGUCGGCAAUUUAGCUUCAAUGGCAUGCGUUACGAGAUGAGGGGGUUGCCGCAGCAAGUGCAGCUCACUAGGCUGAGAGCGGGUGGUGGAGGAGGAGGUGGUUCCCAGGAGAGACUUACUCCUGGUAAAUGCAACUCUGAGGCAGCUGGCGGGGAUCGAUCGGAGUGCCAAAAGAGAGCCUGGCCCAAGCGGCUGAAUCUUAGCAAAGCUGCCAAUCCAAACUCCAACUAUUCCCUUCAAACUGAAGUACAAGACAAGAAGAAAAAGGAGGAGGAUGUUUCAAAGCUACUUAAGAAUUCGCGUCGCCAGAAGCCUCAACCAGCGAAGGAGCUGGAUAAGGAGCUUAAGAAUUCGCGUCGCCAGAAGCCACAGCCAUCGAAGGAGUUGGAUAUGAAGCUUAAGAAUUCGCGUCGCCAGAAGCCACAGCCACAACCACCGAUGGCUAUGGAGCUGGAGCUGGAGGAGAGUAGCCAAUCAUCGCCCGGCCUAAACACUCAGCAAAGCUGGCUGCUGGCCCAAUCCCUGCUGAGGGCCUACGGCGAGGGAACACCCUCCAAGAUGGACUACAUCACCCUGGCCGGCUUGGUGCUCGGCUGUGUGGCCUCGCAGGCGCUCUUUCUGCUCUGCUGGUACUUCAGCUGGCUGAAGAUGCGGGCCGUGAAGCUGCGCCGACGCUUCCUCGGCCAUGCCAACCUGUGGGAGUUCUUCGACCUGGAGGACACCACGCGGUACUCGGUGCAGACCAAGCUGCUGCUGACUCCGCUGAUCCUCGUCGGCGGUCUGCUCUACGGUGUGCUCAGCAUGCUGCAUCUGGGGAUGCAGGUGGUGCGAUCGGAUGUGCCGCGCACAGUGGUUGUGUUUGUCCAGCGAGUGGCGAACAGUGGGCUGCUGGGCACCAUCACCAUGGGACUGCGGGGCGGACGAAGUGCUGUCCCCGUACGCCGAUGAUCCUUAUGCAGAGGGGAUAACAAUGGGAUUCAACAGAUCUAAAUCGUUUCCACAUCCACCAUCUUACUUAAAACCUACAACUUACUACCUGGUCAUUUGUCAUGUCUUGGUGGUCUAUUAAAAUAGAACAACAUUGA